UAAAAAUGGCACUCUCAGAAUACACAAAAGGAAUCUUAUGAGUAUUAGGAGGCGUAAGCAUCCAUUUGUUUUUAGGGUGACUUUAUCUAUAUGGCAAUAUACAAGUGUAUAUCACUAGUUAUUUUCAUAUCUAUGAUGACAGUAUUUCUUUGAACACAACACUAAUUAUCGGUCCUAUCCUAACCACAAUGCAAGGAAUUGCUAUAUUUAUUGGGCCAAUUCUGAUGAAAUAUAUGAACCCAAGAUUAGUGAUAGUCAUAGGAUUAUCCAUCUGUCUUGGCAGUAUAUUUGCGGCAACCUUUACAACAAACUUUAUUGUGUUUGCAAUUUUAUUUGCCCUCUUUGGAAUCGGAAUAGGUAUUGCUUAUCUUGUCCCUCUUCUUCUAGCUUGGGAGUUCUUCCCACAAAGAAAAGGACUUCUGAGUGGGAUAAUAGUUGGCGCUUUUGGAUUUGGUGCAUUCUUCUUUGGCUUUAUUUCCCUAGCGAUAGUUAAUCCAAGUAAUGAAAGCCCAACUAUUCAUACUGAAGGAGGUGACAUUUUUGAUAAAGAUAGUAAACCUGCAAGAGAUGCACUAAAAAUGCUUAGAACCAAUUGAGCUAUCUGGCUCGGGCUGAGUCUGCUUGGAGUAUUGUUGAUCAAUAAGAAACGAAGAAAGCUUAAAGUUCUAUCUAGCAAAGACGAUAGUCAACCUAUUGAAAAUAAUUUGAACACAGAUCCUUUACUAAAAUCAAAAGAAGGGCAAGUACAAGGCACCAAAAAUGUUGAUUCAAAUCCUAUAGAACUAUACCAGUCCUCUUCAGAAGGCACAGAGAAAUAUAUAGAUGAGUAUGAAGGAUAUUAUGAAGAAGAUAGCUCAGGAAAGCAAACAGACUCAUUUGCAUCAACAGUUUAUGUGCCCUUCAAAACAGCUAUUAGAGAUUACAGGUCCUACAUUAUUUUUAUCGUUGCUCCUUUGUCUCUCCUCCAGGGUACCCUUGUUAGCUUCAUAUUUAAAAACUAUGGACUCGAAAAUAUCAACGAUGAUGCAUUUAUUACCACUGUUGGAACAAUAGGAUCAGUCAUGAACGGAAUCUCACGAGGGUUCUGGGGAGUACUUAUCGAUAAAUUCCCUUACAAAUAUGUAUUCGGAUCUUUAAUGAUUAUUCAAAUAAUCAUUGGUUUCACAAUAAGCCAAAUUGUUGAGUAUAAAGCACUAUACCUAAUAUGGAUAGGCAUUUCAUUCUUCUGACUGGGGGGACACUUUUCAAUAACACCUACAAUAUUUGCUAAACUUUUUGGUGCCAAGACCGGGAGUAAGAUGUAUAGUCUGUGAUUCUUUCUGAUGAUACCUCCAGGAAUCAUUGCUCUUGUACUAUCAAAGACACUUUACAAAUCAAUUGGAUAUGGGAAAAUCUUCUACAUCACAGCAGGAGUAACUUGAGUAGGCUUAUUCCUACUACUAUUCUUCAAACAGAACAGAUAAGAUCAUAAUAUUUUCAACAAUUUGGUUAAAA